AAAGCUGUAUUUUCUGAGCGACGUAUCCGACCUUACAAAACUAAAAAUUCUUCUCUCCCGGUUCCCGUUAUUCGGAACCCCUCUCUUGCCGCCAGCACCAAAGCCUCACUCAAUUUCGAUUCUUUGGAUGAUCUUUCAUCGUCUUUUGCACUCGUCGAAGUUGAAUCAAACUUUUCUUGAAUCCCUUGAUUCCAGUAUUGGCGAUUAUCAUCCAAAUAUUAGGUUCGGCUUCAAAUUGUAUUGGCAGUCUUGAUUUUAACGAGCGUGAUACAGUUAAUCGGGGGUUUUCUUUGUUAAUUUUCGUAGGGAUUUUAGUUUUUAGAUUUUGUUCUUUCUAUGUUAUCGUAUUUGUGUCUAUAGUUCUUUUUCUUCAUUUUAAUGGUUACCAAUGAUCAAUGGAGACGCUCCUUAUGAGGCCUUUUUGAAAGUCGCCUCUUCCGAUCCGUUGGAUUCGUCGUCACAUUGGCGUAUCCAGAAUGUCGAUUGUUGCUCUGUUGCUUCACCAGUUUCUUCGAGGUAUUCAUCCUGCGGAGAUUCCGAGUUCGAGAGGUAUAGCAGCGCGAACUCGGCAAUGGGAACGCCAAGUAUGCGUAGCACAAUUACAGUAUUCAACGACUGUGAUUCUGAAUUUGGGUAUACGAGGAGCUUUGGGUUCUAUGAUGAUGGCGGCCUGGAGAACUUCAGUUUGGGUGGAGGGAGUGAGAGGAAUUCGCUGGAUACAAAUGUACUAAGCUAUAGAAAGAUAGAACUGCGUGAUGAAGUCACUUGUGAAGAGCCGAGUGUGAAGUAUAGGUCUAGUGGGUCGAAUUUGUAUGGAACGGAUGAGCUUAUGGAUUCAGUUGAAGCUGAUGGGGAAAUUUUGUGUUGGAAGGUUGAUAGCACAUCGGAUUUAUUAAGUGGCGUAGAUGUGACUAAUCGAUCGGUGAAGGUCGAGAGCAGCAGAGAUGUAAAGGAAGGCUUCAUUAUGGGGAAAGAAGCCAGUGAACUGGAAACGGGGGUGGAUACUGUUCUUCGAGAAGUAACAAACGAAGAAAUUCACGUGCGAUGUUUAGAAGGAAGUACGGUUGAGAAUGGUAUGAGAUUAGAACAGAAGUUUGAAGAAGGGCUUCUACCUUGCACGGUUGAGAAAGAAUUUGACAGUGAAUUGGAUAUGGGAGAUGAUAGAUCCCAGAAUGAGCAUUCAGAGAGUGAGGAUUCAAUGUAUAAUUUUUUAUCAGAAGGUGAUCACAAGGAUGAAACUUUCCUGCUUAAUAAUGCACGCUUUCUCCCAGAAACUGACAUGGUGAAUGAAAAUCCAUUGCUUAUCAAUUCAUCUGUAGCUUUUGGUUCCGAUGAUUGGAAUGAUUUUGAGUGUGAAACUCAGAGAUUCGCUAAGAAUUCGACUGAUGACGCAUUUGAGGAAAGGAAACAGCCCAAUAUGAAUUCCUUUUAUCAGGCUGUAAAUGGUGCUCCUGUUGGUAGCAAAACAACGAGAGACGAUGGGACAAAGCCGCUCUUAGCCAGCAAAGAAGAUCAAGUUAGCAGAAAUUUUCUGAAGAAAGUUGCCAGUAGUUUUGGGGAUUGUAUGAUUGUGCCAACUGUUGAACGACCGAAGGAAAUUAUUCCAGUGAGGGACAUUCCUGUGGCCAUCUGUCAAGUCCAGCCUGCUGAUGAGUUGGAGGAAAUCACAAAGAGUACUUUUUUAACUGAAGCUGAUUCCUCAUACGGUGUUGAAUUAGAUCACGAUACGAAGGAUAUAUUUGUUGUUAAUAAUCAAGCCGGAGAUGCUGAUAAAACUGCAUGUAGUAGUGAAAGUCUUGUUACCAAUAUUACUGGAGCUGGUACCGGAGGGGAGAAAUUUACGUUGAAUCAGCACAUGUGCGCAGUUGAUGGUAACUUCAUAAGGCAGCCUCAACCUCUAGAAAUCGAGGAUAACUGUGGAAUGGUAAAUCAAGGCUUAGAUAGCCAAGGACUUGGAAAUUUGAAGGCAAAAUUGGACCCUCUUGGAGAUAUUUUAACUAAUCAACUUUCUACUCAUGUUAGUGAAUGUUGUGAGGAUAUGAUACAUUCCACUUCAAUACCUGAAUCAAAAGAUCAUCUUUUUCCAGUUGAGUUGGAAAAACUUGAGCCAAAUGAUUUCUAUGAUGAGGUUGUUCAUGAAAUGGAAGAAAUACUACUUGAAUCGCGUGACUCUCCGAGGGCUAGAUUUACUAAUAGAUAUAAGAUACCUCAGUCACUAACAUCUUUACCAUUAAGAGAUGGAGGAUCAACUGCAUCUAUUUCAGGCACCAACAGUUCUGAUCCAGGUAACCCAGAUAACUUGAAAUUUGAUGGGGUUGAAGUGAUGGGGGCUAGACAAAAGAGAGGGGAUGUAUCAUUCAGUGAAAGACUAGUUGGGGUGAAGGAGUACACUGUAUACAAAAUUAGAGUAUGGAGUGGCAAGAGACAAUGGGAGGUUGAACGCCGCUACCGAGAUUUCUAUUCUCUAUAUUGUCUGUUGAAAUCAUCAUUUGCUGAUCAUGGCUGGAGUUUACCCUCUCCCUGGGCCUCUGUUGAUAAUAGAUCAACAAAGUUAUUUGGGAGUGCAUCUCCGGAUAUAAUUGCUGAAAGAAGUGUCUUAAUUCAGGAGUGUCUAUCUUCUAUUCUUCAUUCAAGAUUUUCUUCAAUAAAUCCAAGUGCAUUAAUUUGGUUUUUGUCGCCUCAAGAAUCAAACUCCAGUUCUCCUGCAUCAGAUACUGCAGUACCUCAAUCAUCUGCCAUUGCAAGUGUGUCUAACGCACAAAAACUGUCCUCUUUAGGGAAUUCCAUAUCACUUAUUGUUGAAAUUCGAUCAUACAAAUCUACGAAGCAAAUACUGGAGCUGCAGCAUUAUACGUGCGCUGGAUGUUACAAACAUUUUGAUGAUCAGAAAACUCUGAUGAAAGGCUUUGUACAGAGUUUUGGAUGGGGAAAACCACGAAUCUGUGAUUACACCUGUCAGAUGUUCUGUUCUUCAUGCCAUACGAAUGAGAUGGCAGUCAUACCAGCAAGAGUUUUACAUCAUUGGGACUUCACUAGGUACCCAGUUUCUCAGCUAGCUAAGUCCUACUUGGAUGCCAUUCAUGAUCAGCCCAUGCUAUGUGUCAGUGCGAUUAAUCCUUCUCUCUUCUCAAAGGUCCCAGCUUUGCUUCAUGUUAUGGGUGUGAGGAAAAAAAUAGGACAUAUGAUUUCAUAUGUUCGCUGCCCAUUUCGUUUGUCAAUUAACCGAGGACUUGGAUUCCGUAGAUAUCUCGUCGAAAGCAAUGAUUUUUUUGCCCUUAGAGACCUUGUUGAUCUUUCUAAAGGAGCAUUUGCAGCAUUACCUACACUUCUGGAGACUCUCUCGAGGAAAAUCUUGGAGCACAUAGAGGAGAAAUGCCUUGUAUGCUGUGAUGCUGGUGUUUCGUGUGGUGCUCGACAAGCAUGUAGUGCCCCAUUGUCUCUCAUCUUCCCUUUUCAGGAAACUGAGAUGGAGAGAUGUGAAUCCUGUGAAACUUUAUUCCAUAAACGUUGCUUUGCAAAGCUCACAACAUGUCACUGUGGGGUACGCCUUAGAGUUGAUGAUGAGACCGGAAGGCUCCCAAGGACGGAUGCUGAGGAGAAUGGAGCCGUCAAAUCAACUUCCAUUUCGCCUCUGAGAUCUCUAUCAGCCCUAUUUGCAAAAUCAAAUCAAACAACAAAAGAUCAUAAAGGCGGUGAGAAUAUCAUGUUGAUGGGUUCUCUUCCUUCCAGCUCCCUCUGACUGAUCACUUGUGCCUAUUUUUGUGUAUCAGUUCCCAUAUAUUUUCUUUUAUAGCUCCAAUGCUCAUUUCUCAAAUCUGUUGGAUGUGUAUGGUGAAAAGAUAAACCCGUUUGCUAAUCAAUGAGAUGUAUAUUGUAGCAAUUUUCUAGGUGAUUAGUUAGUAUGUCAUUUGUACAUUCAUAGAUUCUUUUAUGUGUUUCCUUUCUCACU